CGUGCGCGAGCUUCCUUUCCAGGAGUUGUAGUUUUUCUUAGCAGGUCUAACGUUAGCUUCCAGUUGUGAGCCUCGUCAGGCCAAAGGAGUUGGCUAACUGGUUUUUUUCGGAGCUGUAGAAAACAUCGCUGUUUCCUGUUGUCGUUCAAGCGGAGCCCAGCUUUCGACCAGAUCAUGGCAGAUUUCUCGCUGUCAGAUGCUUUAGGAGAUGACACGUCGAGCCAGGCUAAGAAAAUAGGCCACACUAACCCCACUGCCCCUGCCAGCAAUCACCCUGCAGCUCCGAACCCGGGAUGGCCCGGUUCCGCCCCAGGAGCUCCCACCCAGCCCUCAGCUCCAGCUGACUACAGCGGUGGAUUGUCUGGCCCAGGAGCCCCGGGGCCGUUCCAGUACCCCUCUGGUCCUGGAGCGCCGGGGCAGUACCCGGGGCCUCCCUCAGCACCCGGCGGCUUCCCUGCUGGUCCCGGAGUACCUGGACAGUAUCCCGCACCGGGAGCUCCGGGUCAGUUUCCCUCCAGCCCCGGGGCGCCUGGACAGUUCCCCGGGCAUUAUCCGUCUGAAGGAACUCCUGGACAGCUGCCCGGAGGCCCCGCUCCUUACCCAUCGGGGCCGUUUCCUUCUGGCCCUGGCGCUCCGGCCGGCCCUUAUCCGAACGUGCCUUUCCCUGGUGGGCAGCCAGCAGGAGGCAACGGGAUGUACGGGCCAGGAGGUCAAGGUGGAUUUCCCCCUCCAGCCGGUCCAGGAUCUUUCCCAGCGUUCCCCGCAGGUGGAUUCCCCCCGGUACCACCCGGGUCGUGGGGAUCACCCGGAGGAGGUUUCCCGACCCCGCCUGCUCAGUUUGGCCCCGGACCCAUGGGUCCGUAUGGUGGUCCUGCUGGUCCAGGAGGCACAUUGAUUGUGCCAUACGAUCUCCCCCUCCACGCUGGGAUUAUGCCGCGCCUUUUAAUCACGGUGAUCGGAGAGCCUGUUCCCGGGGCAGACAGGUUCCAGGUUGACUUUCUUAAAGGUCCGGAUGUCGUCUUUCACUUCAACCCUCGCUUCAACGAGCAGACCAUCGUCCGAAACUCCAACCUAGGAGGUUACUGGGGCCCGGAGGAGCGAGAGGGGCCUUUCCCCUUUGUCCAGGGGCACCGUUUUGAGUUGAAGAUCCUCGUGGAGGAGGACAUGUUCAAGGUGGCCGUGGACGGCACCCACCUGCUGGAAUACGAGCACAGAGUGGGCGGCCUGGAGGAGGUGACCGUGCUGCGGGUCACCGGCGACGUCGUCCUGUACAGCGCGGCGCCCAGCAUGAUCUGAAUCCCCGGCCGCUCGCUCGCUCGCUCGCUCGCUCUCGAAACGAUUAGCCUGCCUCCACGCGCCCGGAUCCCCCUCCAGCCCCCCUCAGACACACGGAGGCAGCUGACGAAGUUGCAAGUGCGGCCAGCAAAGUGCAAUUGUCCCUCGCGUGGCACAUUUUACCGCAACGCCCUGACGCAGAUUGAAUUAAGUUCGCACUUGAUAAUCCUGUUUUUUUUGGGGGGGGGGGGGGGGGGUUUUCUACUGAAUGAUGUCUCAUUACAAAAUUAUGUUCUCACUUUCCUCUUAGAUAAUUGUAUGAAUUGCUUUGCAUUUUUUGUUUUCCCUUUUUUUUUUUUUUUUUUUUACCCAAUUCUAAUUAAGGAAAAGAUUGAGUGACGCAAAUGUGUAACCAAUUAAAUAAGGAAUAAUUUAUUAUAUA